GUAGGACCAUGAACUUCUGAAGUUGCUGCUGCUGCUCCCCUCUCUCUGAAUGAAGAUUGAGCUUCACCCCAGACUGCAACUUCCUUCCUCUCUCCAACAUCUAGUAUUUGAUCUGAAAACUGAAGUUUAAAAAUCAACAGAUGAAGGGCUUAUGCCCAAAACACUGACUCUCCUGCUCCUCAGAUGCUGCCUGACCUGCUGUACUUUUCCACACUUUUUGACUCGGACUCCCAAGCGUCUGCUGUCCUCAAUUUCAAGUCAAUGUCUGACAGUCGUUCAGUCCUUUGGGCCUGUAACGAGUUUUGACUAAGAUUCUGUGAGAAAGAGCAAAGUUUUUUGGUCCCUGUUUCAGUACGUUUUCAGCAUCAGUGGGACUGAAUGAGAGACCCGACUGUUACUGCACACUGAGUGUGGAACCUAAAACAGUUAUCCAGCCUGGAAAGAGGAAUUCACGGUGGGGAGGGACUGUACACGUGUUUGUGUACCGCUGAAGCUUCAGCCAUGGAGAAACCCGAGGAAUCCCUCCCCGUGGAGAAAUCUUGGAAGUGUGGCGACUGUGGGAAAGGCUUCCAUGUCCCGUCUGUCCUGGAGGCUCAUCGGCGCAGUCACACUGGGGUCAGGCCAUUCUCCUGCCCUGAGUGUGGGAAGGGAUUCAGCAGUUCCUACACCCUGCUGAGGCACAGACGGGUCCACACAGGGGAGAGGCCCUUCAGCUGCCCAGAGUGCGGGAAGGCCUUCAGCAAUUCCUCUGACCUACUGAAGCACCAGCGGGUCCACACCAGGGAGAGACCAUUCGCCUGCCCAGAGUGUGGGAAGGAGUUCAGCAGUUCCUCCGCCUUGCUGACCCACCGGCGGGUCCACACGGGGGAGAAGCCCUUCAGCUGCCCCAAGUGUGGGAAGGCCUUCACCCAGGCCUUUUCCCUGCUGAGGCACCAGAGUGUCCACACCGGGGAGAGACCAUUCGCCUGCCCAGAGUGCGGGAAGGGGUUCAGCGAUUCCUCUGCCCUGCUGACCCACCGGCGGGUCCACACAGGGGAGAGGCCUUUCAGCUGCCCUGAGUGUGGGAAGGCCUUCACACAUGCCUCCAACCUGCUGACCCACCGGUGGGUCCAUACCAGGGAGAGGCCCUUCAGUUGCCCCGAGUGUGGGAAGGCCUUCAGCAAUUUCUCCCACGUGGUGAUCCACCGGCGGGUCCACUCCGGGGAGAGGCCAUUCACUUGUCCUGAGUGCGGAAAGGCCUUCAGCAAUUCCUCUAACUUACUGAAGCACCAGCGGGUUCACACCGGCGAGCGGCCCUUCAGCUGCCCUGUGUGUGGGAAGGCCUUCACCCAGUCCUGCAACUUGCAGAGGCACCAGCGGGGGCACCAGCGCUCCCAACAAUCGGAUUCUGCCGGUGAGGCUGCUGUGGGUCACCCCCAGGACUGAACCUCCUGCCCAGUCUGACAGUGGGAGAGUUGGUGGGCUUGUUUUGUUUUCUGCUGGACAGCACCCACUCCCACGGUGGCUCAGUGGUGAGUAGCAUUGCCUCCCAGUGCCAGGGACCUGGCUUUGAUUCCACUAUUGGGGCAACUAUCUGUGUGGCGUUUGUACAUUCUCCUCUUGUGCCUGUGUGGGUUUUCUCUGGGUGUUCCGGUUUCCUCCCACAGUCCAAAGGUGUGCAGGUAGGGUGGAUUGGCGAAGCUAAAUUGUCCCAGUGUUCAGGGAUGUGUCGGUGUGGUGUAUUAGUCAGGGGAAAUGUCGAGUAAUAGGGUAGGGAAAUGGGUCUGGGUGGGUUACUCUUCAGAGGGUCAGUUUGAAUUGUUGGGCUGAAGGGCCUGUGUCCACACUGUAGGGAUUCUGUGAUUCUAUGAACGCUGCUGCUCGUUGAGCCCGGGACUGCGCAUUCCCACUGAAAUAAUCUGCACAAACCUAAGCCUGCAAGGCCAUUGGAGCAGAAGUUAGGCCAUUCAGCCCAUCGAGUCUGCUCUGCCAUUCGUUAGAGACACAAAUAAACUGCAGAUGCUGGAAUCCAGAGUAGGCAAGCAGGAGGCUGGGAGAACACAGCAAGCCAGGCAGCAGCAGCAGUGAAGUCAGUGUUUCAGGUCUUAACCCAAAUCAUUGACUUCUCUACCAGAAAUGAUUUACCAGGAUGUUGCCGAGAUGUUGAAUAGACUGGGGCUGUUUUCGCUGGAGUGCCAGAGGUUGAGGGUUGACCUUAUGGGUUUAUAAAAUCAUGAGGGGUAUGGAUAGGGUAAAUAACAAGGUCAUUUCCCUGGAGGUUGCGCAGUCCAGAACCAGAGGGUUUAUGGUGAGAGGGGAAAGAUUUAAAUGGGACCUAAAGGGCAACCUUUUCAUCCAGAGGGUGAUGCAUGGAUGGAAUGAGCUGCCAGAAGAAGUGGUGGAGGCUGGUACAAUGGCAGCUUUUAAUUGGCAUCUGGAUGGGGACAUGAAUAGGAAUGGUUGAGAGGGAUAUAGGCCAAGUGCUGGAAACCGACCCUUUGGUCCAACUCAUUCAUUCUGACCAGAAAUCCUAAAUUAAUCUCGUCCCAUUUGCCAGCACUUGGCUUGUAUCCCUCUAAACUCUUCCUGUACAUACACCCAUCCAGGUGCCUUUCGAUUAGAUUCCCUGCAGCUUGGAAACAGGCCCUUCGGCCCAACAAGUUCUCACCGACCCUCCGAAGAGUAACCCACCCUAACACUACAGGCAACUUAGCAUGGCCAAUUCACCGAACCUGCACAUCUUUGUGACUGUCGGAGGAAACCCACGCAGACAUGGGGAGAGUGUGCAAACUCCACACACAGUUGCCAGAGGCUGGAAUCGAACCUGGGAACCCUAGUGCUGUGAGGCAGCAAUGCUAACCACUGAGCCACCAUGCCACCCAAGGCUUGUGCAUGUUGACAUUGUCCCAGCAUCCACUACUUCCUUUGGCAGCUCACUGCAUCCAUGCACCGCCCUCUGUAUGAAAAAGUUGCCCCUCGUGUCCCUUUUAAAAUGUUUCUCCUUUCACUUUAAACCUAUUCCCGCUAGUCCUGGACUCACCCAACGCAGGGAAAAGACCUUGACUAUUUAUCCUAUCCGUGCCACUCAUGGCUUUUUAGACCUCGAUAAGGCAACCCCUCAGCCGCUGAGACCCCAGGGUAAAAAACCCCAGGGUAAACAACCCCAGCUUAUUCAGCCUCUCCCUUUCCCUCCAAACCUUUCCUACUCAUGCACUUAUCCAAAUGUCUUUUAAAUGUUGUAAUUGUGCCCAUGUCCACCAAUUCCCCUGGAGGUUCAUUCCACACGUGAACCACACUCCCCACAUGUCUUUUUGUCAAUCUCUCUUCUCUCACUAAGUAUGUGCCCCCUGGACUUGAAUCUCCCACCCUAGCGAAGAGACAAUUACCAUUAACCCUAUCUAUGCCCCUCAUGAUUUUACAAAACUCACCUCUCAACCUCCUCUGCUGCAGCGGAAAAAAAAUCCAGCCUUAAUUCCAAUUCGCUAAUAAUAGUGCAGCAAUGAUUUCAGGUCUUUGUGUGUGUCAAGGAUCUCUCCUUUCUAAGCCAAGGCAGUACUUCUUAAGUUCACCUGACCUUAAAAUGAAUGGUGCCCUAUUCAUUUAAAAUGUGUGUUUUCUGGACAAAUUCAGUCCUGGUGGGGAAAUAGCCUGUGGCGUCUUAUUCUGGUAGGCUGCUUCUGACCAGGUUUAGAUUAGAUUAGAUUACUUACAGUGUGGAAACAGGCUCUUCGGCCCAAUAACAAGUCCACACCGACCCUCUGAAGAGCAACCCACCCAGACUCAUUCCCUCUGUACCUAACACUACAGAAAAUUUAGCACGGCCAAUUCACCUGACCUCCACAUUUGUGGACUGUGGGAGGAAACCGGAGCACCCGGAGGAAACUCACACAGACACGAGGAGAAUGUGCAAACUCCACACAGACAGUUUGUAUUCUCUGUUUUAAGAUGUAGGAGUAGAACUUCACAAUAAAAGAUGAAUGCAGCCUUUAUUCAUGACUCAUUAUUAAAGACACUUUCUGCAUUUACAGAUGUGAUUCAGAAGCUUCUACAAAUGAAUCUUUAAUGUCAGAUAGUCAGGAUUUUGAGAGUCACUGUGGCUGUGUCACAGCACAGGUGAGGACUCUUUCAGACAGAAGGAAUCAUGCAGAAAACUCUCCCACAUCAGAUGAACAAAACCAACAUGUUUGUAACAAGUUGUGAAACUUGAAAGGGUUCUGAAAAGAUUGACAAGUGUGUUGGUUGGGUGGGAGGAUUUGAGCUACAGGAAGAUUGAAUAGGCUGGGGCUAUUUUCACUGCAACAUCGGAGGCUGAGGGGUGACCUCAGAGAUUUAUAAAAUCCAUGAGGAUCUUUUAGGCAG